AUAUGAAAGUUUUUAAUACUGUUAUCACUAUUACAGUUAUAGCACUGGAGAUAUGUCUGCUAGUCAUUUAUAUCAAUCAUCCCCCACAUCCAAUCCUGUUGAGAGCGUACAUCCUGCGCAACAACAACAAUCUUAUAGUCAGUACAAAAAUUAUGUUGAUCUCUCUCUCCUUAAUAUGUGUGACGGAGAAAAAGUAGAUCCAAAAAUGCUUUUUAGGAGCAGUCGGGAUCCUCCUGUUCAUACGUACAGUUCUCCUGAUCUUGCUGUUCCUCAUGAAAACACCUCAAAUCCUCUCCAUCACUUCAAACCACCUCCACCUUAUCCUUACAUGCAAAGAUCUAGCUGCAGUACACCUGAUUUAACUAGAAAUAGUGUCGUUUCAACCAAUCCGUCGGCAGUUCUGAACAAACCUAAUUUGCCUUACAAGAUUGUUUCGGUGGGAUGUGCCAAAGUCGUCACCUCCAAUCCGAUUCAGCAGCAGACCGUAGCCUCCACUAAGUUGGUAGACUCGCAAAACAAUCUCCCCACUCACUCCUACGAGAACUGCAAGGCCUCGGAAGCCGAAGGGCCGACCAGAUUCGCCAUCAGGAGGGACAGCAAUCGACCUUCUUCCCUCAAGAUGGAAGGUGGAGAGGAGGCGGACCCCCUGAUGGGACCUAUGCUUGUUGCAGNCUUUGAGAACACUCAGGAUUCCAAAUGA